UUUAAAAAUGAAAAAUCAAAGUGUUUCACAUGAUAUCCAAAGAAAACAUAAAAGAAGAAAGAGUGAAACUCCUUGUCAACGUGAGGCACAGCUAUUCCGGGAUCGUGAAAAGAAAUGUGUAAAAAGAAUGUAUCCCAUCAGUAAUAGUAAACAAAAAAAACAAGAAAAUGAUGAAAUACAGAAAAGAGAAGGCA